ACGAGCAGGGGUGCUAAUCGGUGACGAUCUGGUGGAUGUCACUCCAGAUCCUCAUUUCUUACUCGAUACACCCUCCCAAUCCGACGUUAUCAGCCUUGUUUCAAGCUUCAGCCAAUACGAGGAAUUUGAGCCUCUCAUCUCCCGUUUCCAAUGAUAGAACCUACCUCCCAGUCACUAUCUGGGACACCGCGGCCUGCAACUCACCACUUCCCCACCAACGCCCUCGAAACGCAGUCGGCUGGCGCCCUAUCCUCAUCGUACAGCCGUCCGCCUCACUUUUGAUAUCCUUCCUAGGGCAUCAGAUCUCUGGCCACGAUGCGACCGACCAGGUAACAACCCUACUAUGUCGAGUAGCUCGAGAAAGCGCGAUCCUGGGCGAAGGAGGACAAAGGCUGCAGAUCCGGAUGAGGAGUCAGGCGGGGAAGGGCCGCAGCCCCGCGCAUCACACCACCCGAAGAUGCCGCAGAAACCGCCGACAUCCAUUAUCAAAGGAGAUGUUCAUAUCAAAAGCGUCAAGGGCAAUGUUUAUCUAGUUCAGGGCAGCAGAGAUGACGAGCUACCUCAACGUUCCCCUACCCCGACUCGGAAUCGGAAUCCAGCUCGUCGUCAGCAGCCAACGAGAACGAUAAAACGAUCGACAGCGCAAUGCGAUUCUCCCAGCGCCUCCGAGGAAGACGAAACAAGUGCUUCCGAUGAUACGGAGCCCGAAUAUGUUGCUCCUAGGCGACCAGCGAAAUCGAUGAUGCCUCCAGAGCGGCCGCGCAUGCGCUCGGAGAAGAAGAAACGCGAUCAAGCAGAUGAGGGGUACCACACAAGCGGCACAGUAUCAUAUACAGCGCAGGUAUUAGGAAAGGUAAAGGGAAAAGGGAAGGGGAGGGAAAGUUCAGUCUCGUCUAUUGGAGGCGCGUCAAGCCGCCCGCGCCGCGACAGUAAGAUGUCAAAGGAAAUUGGAUGCGAAACGGACACGAGUAGCUGCCAUGCAGACGGAGACAAUGGAGAUGAAGUAUCUGCUGAGGAAGAGGAGGAUCAAACCGAACAAAACGCCCCUCAUGAGGAGGAUGAAGCGUCAGAUGAUGACUUCCUGAAGCUCCCCAUACACAUCGGCAACCCCAACAAUCUAGACACUCCGGCAAUAGGCGAAAAGGCAAUACUAGACACAGGGACAAAGGGAGACUGGAUAUCGCAAACAUUCUACAAUGAACUCCGAGACAUGGGAGUCCGAUCCACAAAACUAAGUACAGAGGAGCUCGAUGUGCAAUACCGUGACUUCAACGGCAAGAAGUUCCAAGCCACUGCAAAAGUUGAUCUUACGAUUCAGACAGAGGAGUUCAAAGGAUUUAUGAAAUGCAGAACAAUGAGGUUUUUGGUCGCAAGCAAAGCAACCUUCACCAUCCUCUUUGGAAGAGAUACAAUUCGAAAGCAUGGAUUCUUUACCAGAUCAAAGCGCGACACAGAUGGAGAAGAAGUUUUGAUAGGUGUCCACGAUGAACUCAAUGAAGCACAAAAAGCGGAGAUGAGAAGGAAAAAGGAGGAGCAGAGGAAGCUCUCCUCGGACAGGAAAAAGGCGCGGGACAGCAAGACAGAGAAGGCCGCCAGGGAGAAAGAGAACGCGUCUGCAGCAGCAGCCUCGUCUUCGAAAGACGCACACCUCGCCACCACAGAACCGCGAAGGAGCAAGACUCGGCCGUCAUCGAAGGAGUCUGCGCGAAAGUCGAGCUCGUCGAUGGAGGACUGUACAUGGUAGCCUUUGUGACAUUGAUCUUUGGGUGUAGGAACUUGUAAAUUGGGCGUUGGGUCGGACCGGGCCGGAAUAUACAUUAGGGAUAGAGGGUUGGGCCACGGUGUUUGGAUCGGGACGGUGCAUAAGCAAGACGGAUUUGCUUGGGCGCACAACGGAACCAUACAUCGGCACCUGAGAUACCUCUUUGUUUGCUUUCGGGAGCUUUCCCUUCCUUGUAUGCUACUCCUUCGAGUGGAUUUCUCGGUGGUUUUGUGUGAUAGAUUUUAACGGAGGCGAUUUGUGCAAGGGCGGGCGCUUGCCAGGUCAACAAAAGAAAGAAAUGAAGAGCUUUAAUGAUUUGAGAUUAACGC